UUACUAGCAGAUUUGCAGCAGCAGGUAUACCAGACAAGAUUUGGUUUUUCCUGUUGCGUGAGCACGCAAAGCUCGACAGCAAAUGAUUGGUAGAAGUGAAAGAGGUGGGUGAAGAUGGAACACGCCAAAUGGCCCUGUGCACACCCCCUCGACUAUGGAGAAAAGAAGCGCUUGAGACGUUAUAUAUUUAUGUUUAUGAUAUAUAUAUAUAUAUUUUUACUUAUAUACAUAUACAGACACAAGUGCUGCACUCCAACGUCCACCUUCAACGUCCACGAUGUGCUUUGAGCCUGUCAGAAAAAUGUGCGGGGGUUAUCCGACAUCUCAACAUUGCCGAUUUUGCUAAAACUUCAGGAUUCACUGCGCCUAGCAGGGAACCUGUGACCUGAGGACAAAAGCCACCAUAUCCAAAGUGCUGUGCCUGUGUGAACUCUGCACUGGAAAUCCAUUCUCCUGCACCUGUGACCCUUCGCAAGGGUAGACUUUGAGACCUUAGAUGGAACUGCAGAGGGCCCCGAGCACCAUCCUUUCUAUUUCUGCCGCAAAAACCCUCACUCAGUGCAGUGGUACCUCUGUUUGGGCAAAAUUGUGGAAUUUGGCAUGCGGAGGGUUGGAUACUGAGGCGAAGCUUGUCCAAGUCAAACAUCCUCAUUUUGGAGGAACUUCAGAGGAUUGUUCCACAGGCCAAGCUAGUGACGCGACUGGCUUCUUGCAGCUCAGAAUUUCGAAACUUUAUGCGCCAUGCUGAAACUGAAGUGCGGAAGCUUCAGCAACAGCUGUCGAGUUUGCUCCCUUAAACCCCAGUCUCGAUGAACGUGAUCAACAGGAUGAAACAGAUUCAAGAGCUUUCUGCACGUGUUAGGUGCUUGUGUUGGGGAGAAGCAGCUACGAUAAUGGGCUUAUGAAGCUUACCUGUUGACUGGAGCAUAUCAAGUGCUUGGGAGACGCUCUUGCUGUCAAGAGCAGGUUUGUCUCCUUUCUUCGAGAACUUGUUAAGCCUAUUGAAAGUUCAUGCUCAGGAUGCUCAGGUGGAUUGUUUCCGGUGCAUCAUUUUCGUCGAGACGCGAUCUGCAGCCAGGGCCAUGACCAAAAUUUUGAAUUUUGUGGCUGCGAGCGAGAGUGAGUUUGGAUGGAUUUCGCCAGUGUGCUUGGUGGGACAUUGUAAAAGUGAUGAUGAAUCAAUGACAAUGGCCCAGCAAAGCAACAUUCUCAGCAACUUCAGACAAGGGAAGACAAAUGUCAUGGUGGCGACAUCAGUUGCGGAAGAAGGCAUCGAUAUUCCCAGUUGCAAUUUAGUGGUGCGCAUGGAGCCUGCUCAGACAGUCAUAAAGUUUGUUCAGGCACGAGGCCGUGCAAGAUACACGAGAAGUCAUUAUGUAAUAAUGUGCUGCGAUGCUUUAGAUGAUGAAGAACAGGUCUUAAAGCUAGUUGAGCGCGAAUCAGACAUGCAGAAGGUCUUGGAUGACCUAGACGUGUCUCAUGUGGCUGAAAAUUGCUGGAUUAGAGAAUGUUCUGCCAAAGAGCCAGAGCCACUGCUUGCACUAGAUCCAAGGUCCCAUGAUCAUACGCACUUGGCAAUUGGUUCAGAGCAGACGGUUCAUGGACCAAUAGAGGUGAAUAUGGAUGAUUUGGUGCAAACUCAAGCAACAGUGAAACAGAAGUUCACUGAUGGAAAGUGUCUCUUUGAAACCAUGGUUCGUUUGGUACAGUGCCCAAAUGAGCUUGGCCGUGUGCCGUUGAUGAGAGUCGCCACAGGGAUGUUUUCCUUGCUAGGGCGGAGAUCUCCGUUUGAAGUUGACAAGCAGGUUUGGUUUUCUGCCGACAAUCGCCGUUGCUUCAUGUGGAAAGUUGUGGCUCCCUUAUGUAACUUGUGCAAGCUUAAGGUUUUGCACGUGAAUUGGACAGAUGAGUUCGAUGCCAAAUUGGGGCCAUGCAAAAUGCUUGGGCCACAGACCCGCCUACAAUUGAGGCGGUGCGAAACGAGGUGAUUCGCUCAGAUCUUGGGUGAACUUCCACUGGAACGACCCGUGAAGUGUUCGAGGCAAUAUCGAAACGGAAGGACCCUGACUCGUGAAGUCCAUGAAGCGUUUGAUCCUGAGAGCGACUAUGUUUCAAUGGUGAAUACACACUUGCAAAUCACACGCAGGCCACAUUCAGAGCAGAGGGUGGCGCAAUACGUCACAAUUCGCGCAACCACUCCGUUCGUUAUUGAAGUUCGACUUGAUCACUUAGUUUGGAAAGGCUUGCCGCAGAGCAAAAUUAAACUGGCAAAGCAGUCUGCUGCGUACGAAUCCUGGAAGACCCUCUCUGAACCUUCCUCUUUCUGAGAGCUCAACGCAUCGCU